CACAAACGUCGAAGAAGUUGACUCGUUUACGGGUUUCGAGUUGGAAUGCGUUGCGCGAAUCAUUGUAAUGUGGAGACAUAGUAGAGUAAUCUCAUACCGGGGGUGCUACUAGCCCCUGACGUCGGACAACAAUGUAAACAUUCGUUCCUUUCAAUAUGGCCGCUACUUCUCACUUUCACGUUUGAUAUGUAUGGAACAGACGGAUUGGAUUUUUCUUCAUUUGGAAAAGGUUUUAACCACGUAGCGCCGUAACUACAACAAUGGGCCAAGGUACACGGGCAGGAACAUUUUACAAAUGGUGGUCCUUCAUCAUCAUCAUAUGCAGCAUUCCGUUCCUCCUCCUUCUCAUUAUUACAACCAAGCAGAGCAGUUUAUCAAGUCUAUACGAGGCCCAGGGACCUUUAGUCGAACUAAACCGACCUCUGGUAGAGAAACGGGAUUUAAAACAGGCAGUCGGUGGGCAUGCGGAACAGAAAAUUCUAAAACAGGAACCAGAAGGGAAGGUAGCACCAGCUGGAAGCAGGACCAUGACUUCUUUGUUGAAACCUUUGGCAGAUUUAGUGAAAAUCGCCUCCGGUGAGGAGCUGUUACCAGAAAAUGCAAGUCAUACUCUAGUGGAUCGGAGAGAUUUCAAUAAAUUGAUCCGAUACAAUUGGCCUGUAGGAAAACCUAAAGGGGCCAUUUAUUUCCUGAUUGAAGGAAAGCGACUUAGUUUAUUGAAAAAGGCCUUGUCGAUGUUGGACCGCAACUACAACACCGUGUACAAGUAUCCCAUCAUUCUCUUCCAUGAAGACAACAUCAAUGCUACCACGCGGACGUAUAUCAGAACGUUUACAAAAUCCCUCUUGUUUUUUCAAGAAAUUGAGAUGACUUUACCGCGUUACAACCUCAUUUCCUACCUCGUGCCAAAAAAGGAUGUGUGCGUCCGUCGCCCAGUCUCAUACCGACAUAUGUGUCGCUUUAACGCCAUUCUUAUAUAUAAGGAGCCGAUUUUCAACCAUUUAGAAUAUUAUCUGCGGCUUGAUACAGACUCUGAAAUCCUCAGACCAAUCAAAUACGACAUAUUCAAGAGGAUGCGAGACUAUAGAAAAGUCCAUGGCUACAUAUGGAUGAAGUAUGAUGGAAAUCGCUGUGUUCUUGGGCUAUGGAACGCCACCAAAACAUACGUCGCUGAAAACAAAAUCAAAGCUCAAUUUUUAGACAAGUGGCCCAAUGGCAGAGUUUACUAUAAUAAUUUUGAAGUGAGCCGAGUGGACUUCUGGCGCUCAAAGGAAGUUCAGGGCUACCUUGACUACAUUGAUAAACUUGGAGGUAUUUAUUACCUAAGGUGGGGUGACAAUCCCAUUAAGGCUUUGGCAGUAGCUGUAUUUUUACCAAAAACUAAGCUUCAUUACUUCAAGGAUGUUGGAUAUAAACAUGACAGGUUAUUAGUCAGACAUUAGUUCAGACUCUCCUCUUAUUUGUUUCCUCAGGGUAUAUAUAGGCCACUUUGGCUGGCAAUGGAGGUUUUUGGUCACAGAAAAACUUUCAGUACUUUUCUUAAAGUGGCAAAAAUGGAUAUACAUGUAUCCCAUUUUGCGAUUAAAAAUCAGAUGAUAUGUAUACGUGUACGUAACGUACAUUCGAUUCAAUGCAUUAUAUGCGGUUCUGUAAUCAUAUACUCAGUAUUUCUUGCAUAUAAUGCUUGGGGUAUGUGUGAACAACGGAUCAAUCGCCAUUGUUAAUGCAUGGACUAUGUGCACAAUCAUGUUACUUACUGAAUGGUGGACCUCAAAAACGAAACCUCCGGGAAAAACAUUAUCGCUUCACCUAUUAGUUCAUUGUGUUGAGUAGCGAAUGCCUGUGUCAGAAGGUAGGAGCUACACGCUUCUGUUGGUAACAUUGUUCUCUGUCGGAUGUGCUUACUGCGAGGUGGUUAUAUAUCAUAUCUAGUUGAUAAAAAUAAUAAAAAAUCAUCCCCUGUCGUAAAUUUCCUUGAGAUGGUCUGUUAUAAAUCGUGCUGUUGGUAGUGUAAGCCAAAAUAAAUAGCAUUUGAAGACAAAAAUAGAAAACUAGGAGUUAAAAAACAUAUCGUUUGACCAGAAGGGUUACUAUUUUUAUGU